AUGUCUCUCUCGCAGUAUAUCGAUCUAUCACAGCAAAGUCUGGUUUUGUCUGCUGCGACAAUUGCCUUCAAUCCACUCUUCUGGAAGUCUGUCUGUCAAUACUACCCCCGCUCUGCCCCUCCACACAUCUCUCAACUGAGAGCUUUGCAGUGGGAAACUGACAUAUUGUGCGCCACCUUGCUAGAGUACAACAACCAUUUCUUGACUAAGAUAUUCGGCAAUAAAUAUAAUGGCUGCUACUUCCUAGCCGUCACCAUCUUCUCGCUAGGUAUAAUUCGUGAUCACCUCUACAAUGACGCCCUCAAAAACCAGCCAUACUUUGCGCCUGUCCACCAGCAGUACCUUGCCUACGGCCUCUUCGCCACAGGCAAUGUGCUGGUCCUGUCCAGCAUGUGGGCGCUUGGUAUCACGGGAACGUACCUCGGUGACUACUUUGGCAUCCUCAUGGACGCACCGGUGACUGGGUUCCCGUUCAAUAUCACCAGUGCCCCAAUGUACUGGGGUAGCACCAUGAGUUUCUUAGCAGUUGCCCUGUACCAUGGAAAGCCCGCUGGCCUGCUGCUCACCGCCGAAGUUUUCAUCUGCUAUAAGAUUGCCUGCCUAUGGGAAGAGCCUUUCACGGUUGAGAUCUAUAGCAAGCGUGACAGAGAAAGAUCUGCGUCGAAAAAGGCUGGAAAGGCCGCGUAA